CCCAAAAACAUGAACCGUAUCCUCCAGAAACUGAUUAGAACAAGGAUGAGUUUAUGAAAUUCGGGUAUGGGCGACCAUGUCGGACUACAGCUCCCGGCAUGCCAAGCGGCCGGACUACAGCUUCCGGCAUGCGCCGCGGCCGUACCACAGCGCCCGGCGUGUCCCGCGCUUGCAACAUGGCGGCGCCCAGGGGCGGCUCGGGCUCCGACAGCGACACCGGCUCGGAGUCGGACAGCGGCGGUGAAGCGGCCGCGCGGUUCCGAGAAGCUGCCUGGGACUGCAGCGCGCAGGCGGCGGCGGCGGCACGGGCGGAGCCGCGCGGCGGGGGCUUUAGAAAGGAUCGAUUGCAGCCUAAAGAUCAGCCAAGCCUGAGGCGUGAGGCACUCGGCCGCCAGGAGGGUGACAAUGAGCUGCAGACGACUCCAGAGUUCAGAGCACACGUUGCAAAGAAACUGGGAGCCAUGCUAGACAGUUUCAUCACUGUCUUGAAGGACUCAUCAGGACCAUCACAGACCUCGGUGGCACAGUCUGACUCUGAAGAUGAUGGUUUUCGCCUCUUCUCUUCCUCUGUCCCUGGAGACUGUAGAAAGCCAGAGCCUUGCCCUGCAGCAAGGAGGAGGAGGCCAGUUAGCUCCAGUGACACAGACAGUGACCAAGAGUGGCAAAGGUACCAGGAGGCUGCCGUGUCAGCUGCGGAUAUUCUGAAGCAAAGUGCUUUUCCUGCAUUGUCCCAGGGUUCCAGCCAGGAUCAGAGUCAGGGUUAUGUAGAGCCCAACCAGAAAAAAAAGAAGAAAAAGAAAAUUAGGAGAGAGAACAAUAUUCAAGAGAAAAUAAUAGACUCAGCAGAGUGUGACCAGAUCUGCAAAGAUUUGCCUCGGUCGGUGUCUGCAAAUGGCCAGCAGGAGAGACAUGACAGCAGUCACAGAGAGAACUCUGCGCUGCCAGGAGCUGUGAAGAAGAAAAAGAAGAAGAAAAAAGAAUGAUGAGUUUGCUCUGCAAAUGGCAGGUGGUUGUGAUGGGUGAAGGGAACUGAAAGAAAACCUAACAAGAGUUGCUGCAGAUGAGGGAAAAAUAAUUGGCAAAGCUUCUGUUCUGAAAGCUCAGUGGCCUGAGAGACUAAUUAAGUGACUUCCUGUGCUACUGGUGUCCCCGAGGAAGGGAACAUUGUUCUCCUCACACAGCAGUUGUCUGUGCUGCUGCUUGUGCAGGCCCAAUCUAAAAGGAUUAAAUACUGUGCCAGACUUGCAUGGCAGGGGGAUGUGAUCAUAGCUGCAUUCCUCCUGGUCUGUUCCUUGGCAUCAUGAAAUCCUUCUGGAGAAAGUAUAUGAUGAAUUGAAUUUGGUUUACAUGGCAACAGCUGUUUGCAACAGAGACAACUAGGCUGUAGCUGUCCAGCCACAUGGAAUGGAGUUUCAACUCUUUUCGCUAGGGCUGCCAAACUAAGGAAUUUGAAUUAGUGAGAGAGGUAGAAGGUUUCACAUAUUACUGCCCAUUUCCCACAACUGUCCAGACCCUGUUCCUGUAAAUCAGCAGGUCUCUCCAGCACCCCAGUUUGUUUUUUUUUUUUUUGUUUGCACAGAAUUCAUAUCCAUAUCAUAAUCUUGGGAAGAAAUGGAAAUUAGUUCACAGCUGUCAUCAUGGAACAAAACAAGGCCUCUUUCUUCCUGGGGAAAAAAGU